AUGUCCGGGUCCGGGAGCCCCUCACGGGGAAGCCCCUCCCGGUCCCAACGAAGGCCGCUGCACGAGCGAUCCAAGUCACAGUCGAACUCCCUCGCCAUUCGGGUCGUUCCCUACAGCCCUCCUCGGCCAAGUCACAAGAAUCGCGACUCCACCGCUUCGGCCUCUUCCUCACGCACUCCGACAUCUACCACAGCACUGCUCUCGCCCAACCCCUCCGAGCUUGGCCAGACGAUUUCAUCAAGAGCCGAUGAUCGUUCUGGCUCAGCCAGUCGCGCUAGUGAUAACUAUUCCCACAGGCGUUCCUACUCCUCCAGCACCUUAACAUCAAUAUUGUCGCCUGCCUCGUCGACUUUCCCAUUGGUUUCCGCCAAGGACCGUGGUGUUUCAGGCUCGAAACUGCGAUCCGACACCUGGGCCGCUGGCCAGUCCUCCCCUUCCCUCCCUGUCCCAACUACUCCACCUUGCCCGACUGAUAAUUCCCGCUUCAAUGCACGAUCCUGGUCCUCUCAAAACCCCCACGAUGAGGAUGAACCUGUGACACCCACAGCGAAGCGCCCCUUGUCUCGCCGCCGCAAUCUUGUCACCAUCAACGCAGACGGCAAGACUUUUUCUCUCCUCCCCCAAGGUCAGCGUAACAGAGAGUCUGGUGGCCAACAAGCCCACAGGGCCCCUACCUUGUCACUCUCUACCACUGCCUCACGGGAGCGGCUUUCGUCCGAUGCGUUCAGCGAAAAUCGUCCCAGCUCUACAGUGACUUCUCUUCCGGACCGAAGCUUUUCGGCAGCUACGCUAACCCCGGCAUCCUCGACCACGCAAUUAGCUGGAGAUCAUAUUACCGGCACAGCCGUCUCCAAUUCAUCUCCCUGGAAUUAUCGAAUGGUCGGCGGUCUGCGCAAGGUUCCCAAUACACCCGAUCUUAAGCAAAAGCAAAAAUCGUCUCUCCUUUACCCUGAACCUGAUCCAAUCACGUCCCAUUCGUCAUCGCCGUCUGAUUCUCGACUCGCGCCGCUGCCCGAGGCCUCAGCCGCUGAACCAUCUUCAUUUUCGGGCACUCAUGACCUGCAAAGCAAAACGUCCUUUCAGUCAUCUGUCACCGCCUCUACGUCGUCAGAGAAAACGAAUUACAAGAUUUACAGCUCCAGUUCCCCUCCAAGGGCUGACACAGAAAGUGUAUUGCCCCCACCUUCCAUUUCCUCGGAGACGACGAACUACAAAGUCUUUGGUUCUAGUUCACCCCCUGCCAUCCCUGAAAGAGAUAGUUCACUACCACCGCCCUCGUCCAGUCACUCCAAUUACGAAAUUCUUGGUCGAUCAUCUCCUCCAGACACGUCCUCUGCCGAGCGCACCCCCCCGAAAACCGCAGACAGCAAUCAAAACUACGUCGUACACGGCGAGCCUUCCCCAGCACCCUCUUCGAUAAGCGCUACCCGCCGGGAAAGACUCCGCCCUGAAUAUUCACAAGAAAGCCUGCUUGUAGCACCGCUCAAGCCCCAAAAAAGGAAGAAGAGAUCACGCGAGAGGUUUGGGUAUUACAAGUCCCGCUCAAGAGACUCUCUGCGACGCGCUGCUUCGGUCAAGUCAAUAGCCAGCUCUCUCAGCUUUGAAGCUGCCCAGAAUAUCAUUGCUGCACCUGCUGCAUUUUAUCGAUCACGCACUCUGGCUGGCUCGGCUGGAAAGCAGCCAGAGGCAAAAGCUGAGCCAACCACAUCCGCACCUCCCGCAUCCCACAUGAAAACCCACCCGCACCAAUGGAGCUCUCAGCUGUCCACAGUCAUGUCGGAGAGUGAAGGAGGAAGCGAUCCUCCAUCUCGUUCCGUGUCCCCCUGGUCUGCUCCAGGUAGACGGAGUAGUGGACCCAUCAGUAGUCACAGCAGGCAGAUGCUCAGCAUUUCGUCUUCACUUGCCGCUAAUGAAGAAGGCUCACUAUCACACUCGCGGUCAUUCACAGACUCACUGGAACGACCCCAAGCAGUUCAUAGCCGGGGUGGCACUCUUCGUCUUGUGAGCGACCAGGACGAACAUGGCGACGGGUUGACGGAACUCCACCAUCUACACCAACGACCGUCUCGAACCCGCCUUUCAGGUUUUUUCUCAAACACAUCCUCUGAACGCAACCUACACUCUUCGAGUAGUUCGCGAGCCAACAGCUUCAACUCUUCAUCGAUUCCUGCUUGGGCCAAAUUCUACUAUGGAAGUGGCGAAAGAAGAUUUCUUGCGAGUUCGUCCGACUCGAUGAUGUCCGACCCAAACGAAAGCCGACCGCCUAGCUCAUUCCAAAGCCGCUCGCCCAGCGCCGAACAUCUUCCUUUGAGUAUCUAUAGCCCACGCCGACGACCCAGGGAGGUUAACCCCCUGGCUCCUGGGCCGGUGUCAGAUGUCGGAUCAAUGGAAAUCAGCCAUGCGCCACCCCAAGAUAAUUUCCGAGGUGGAUUGCGAAAGAAAACAUCUAGUAUCUGGUCCCCGCAUUUGAGACGUGAUCAAAGGGCUGGUCGUUACAGCAUGUGGGAGCCUCCCUCCAUGACAUGGUCAGCAGAGAACACCCUUCUUGGAAAGCGAAACGUGCAGGUUGUGCUAUUUGCCCUCGGGUUCAUCUUCCCUUUUGCAUGGAUGAUUGCUGCCUUCCUUCCCUUACCCCCUGACCCUCACGCUGAGAUGGAGGAACGCGACCAUAGAUCGAGCCUUUUGGACGAAGAAAGAGAUCUGCCUCGUCGUGUUGCAGCGAUUGACGAGACACUGUUUCAAAGCGCUAGAUGGUGGCGUGCUCUUAAUCGCUACAUGUCCGUUAUUGGUCUUCUUGUUGUUGGCGCCAUUGCCGCGCUCGUCAUCGUUGGCGUCAAACAAGGAUGGGGGCAAAUUGCCUAG